UCUCCUCACUGUCAUCACCACACUCUCUAAAUACGACAAAGGAGAAAUUACAGACUGCUGUCUCUCGCCUCUGGUCGUCGUCUUCCUCUGAGCAAGACAAAUGCAGAAGCGAGCAUGAGCUGCUACAGGAGAAAGGUCUCUUGAGAAAUAUCAGGAAAAGGGAGAGGGAAAAGGGGACAACAAUGAACUCCAGCUGGACAUGAACUUGGAACGUCAACACUGAAUGCAUUUCAGCCCCGACCAAGCCUUUGUACCUGCUGAGAAGGUUCUGAAGUUCCUUAGUGUAACCAGGAAUGCAGUAGUGCCACUUCCAGACCGCAGUGUCCAGGGAGCCCUAAAAAGGGAAGGAGUCUCACUCUGAUUUCUGGCAGCUCAUGGAGGAGGCGAGGCUAAAUUAGGCCUGGUUUCAUUGACUUCCAAUCCCCCGAGUCCCAGCAGCCUGGCAGAGGAGGGAGGCCGGAUGGUGCUCAGGGCCUCUGAUGCUCCCUCAGAGCUUCUCCACACACUGCUUGUCAGAGACAGGUGCUGAGUGCUGCUGAGUGUUACUGUGCGUGUGGGCUCCAGGGGGCUGGUUCAACAUUCCUGUGAUAGUUUGAUAGACACAAUCCUUUGGGGAGAAAGCGGAGGAGGCCAAAUGACCACACCAGCCUCAAUGAGGAAGAACUGAGGGGGAAGUGCCUUCCCUGAUGUCUGCUGCAGCUUUGACCUGCUUCUACAGCUGAAGCUCCACCCUCCCUCCCCCCCGCCUUGCUCGCUUGCUGCCUCAGUAACCUGAGUACAAGGACAGCGACCACACCCUCCUCGCAGCCAACGCUCCGACCCGCCCGUCCAUCCACUCUCAUCACCAUCCACUCCUCGCAGCCGGGCUCCAGCCUCUGCUCUCCUCACCAGACGGCCCUGCUGCCAAGUGCUCUCCACCAGCUGACCAGCCUUACCACAGCAGCCCCACACACCACCAGGCCCUCGCAGUAUCUCACCCACCUUGCCUUUAACCUUCGCCUUCGACCCUCUAAGCCUCCAUUCGGUCCUCAGUGCCCUUAACCUUCCUGUAGCAGGCUACACACAGACUAUCACCUUUGUUGCCUGCUUCACUGCACCUAACCAGAGGGCUUUGAGUUUGUUCUGCCUGUUUGCCGCCCUGUGUAUACUGUUGAUGAGACCACUGUGUGAGCAAUAAACUGAAGAGUGGCGACUGAAUUGCUCGGCAUCACCUGGGUAUAAUCACUUCAUCAGUGGUUGAUUGAUCAGGAAAAUGGCCCAGUAACAUCCGCAGUGAAUUGUCGUCCUGCAACAUUUCAGAUUGGACAAGCAGCCCUGUCAAUCAACAGGAACUUUUUUUUUAAGUUUCAUUUCACCUCCAGUCACAGCUAUCCCAGACAGUAACACCACCGACAAAUACACAAAAAAAAAAAACGACUUCAAAGUUGUGGAUUAAAACACUAGAGGUACUUUAAUCACACUUGAACAGUUUGGAAUACUUUUUGCCAGCAAGUUGCCAUGGCAAUGAACAUAGCACACAUCCGUGACACAAAGUGGCUGACACUGGAGGUAUGUAGGGAGUUUCAGAGGGGCACGUGCUCACGCUCCGACCAGGAGUGCAAGUUCGCUCAUCCGGCCAAGAGCUGUCAGGUGGACAACGGACGGGUCAUCGCAUGUUUCGAUUCCCUCAAGGGCCGCUGUUCCAGAGAGAACUGCAAGUACCUGCACCCUCCUCCCCACCUAAAAACCCAGCUGGAGAUCAAUGGCAGGAACAACCUGAUCCAGCAGAAGAACAUGGCCAUGCUGGCCCAGCAGAUGCAGCUCGCCAAUGCCAUGAUGCCUGGCACACAGCUACCACCAAUGCCCAUGUUCUCUGUGACGCCAGGCCUGACCACCAAUGCCAGUGCAGCAGCAGCAGCUGCAGCCGCAGCCUUUAAUCCCUACCUGAGCCCAGUGUCACCAGGCCUGAUGCCGCCCGAGAUCCUGCCCAGCACCCCUGUCCUCAUGGCCUCCAGCCCCACCGUCAGCCAAGUUCCCAACGCUGCCGCUGCUGCAGCACAGAAACUGCUGAGAACAGACAGACUUGAGGUGUGUCGAGAGUAUCAGAGAGGUAACUGCUCUCGAGGGGAAAACGACUGUCGCUUUGCCCACCCCGCAGACAGCACCAUGAUAGACACCAAUGACAACACAGUCACCGUGUGCAUGGACUACAUCAAGGGUCGGUGCUCUCGGGAAAAAUGCAAGUACUUCCAUCCGCCAGCCCACCUGCAGGCCAAAAUUAAGGCUGCUCAGCACCAGGUGAACCAGGCCACAGCCGCCGCGGCCAUGACUCAGUCGGCUGUCAAAUCACUGAAGCGACCCCUCGACGCAACCUUUGACCUGGGCAUCGCCCCUAGUGUCAUGGCUCCCCUGCCAAAGCGGGCAGCCCUGGAGAAGGCCAACGGGGCCUCUGCCGUGUUUAACACUGGCAUGCUCCAGUACCAACAGGCCCUGGCCAGCAUGCAGUUUCAGCAGCAGGCUGCUUUCCUUCCAUCAGGCUCAAUAUUGUGCAUGACACCUGCAGCCAGUGUUGUUCCCAUGAUGCACGGUGGUACUCCGGCCACUGUGUCUGCAGCCACCACAUCUGCCACAAGCGUUCCCUUCGCAACUGCCUCCACCAAUCAGGACUCUUCCUUAUCAAAGUUGACUACCAACGAAUACAUGCAAUUGAUUCCAAUAAUAUCUGCAGAUCAUCUGAGUAGUCACAAGUACUUGACUCAAAUGUAGUUCCUCUCAAGAACAAUCAAAUGAAUGUGUGCUGGCACCGUCCAAGCCAAAAGAGUUCAGCCUUUAUGUACAUAACCUUCAGAAUGUCAAGCAAUGGGACGAGGAGGGUCUGCCAUCUCUUAGCCGGUCCACAACGAUGGUCUCAUCACACGUGUAAACAUCAAGAGUGCAACACAUGAUCUGUGCCAUCAGCCCACAUAUCAACGUCAAGAAGACUUUGUUGUCAAAUUCAGCGUCCAGCCGAGAGAGGAGAAUAUCUUGGUGCCAGGGUCAGUGUGCCUCUCCCUCUGUGAGAAAGGUUCACAUUAGACCUCUGUGUCUGACUAAACCAUAGCAGUCUAUUCGUUCUAAUCCUUACCAUUACUACACACACAGAAGGUCAAGAGUGUGUUGCACAAAGUAACACUCAGUGCUGGUACGUUAGUAGACCAAGACUUUUCUUUCCUUUUAUAUUUUUUCUGCUUUAUUUUUUUUAAUUAAUAGCCAUAUUUCAUAGUUUACAAGUGAAAUGCGAACAUGCACCUUGAAUUUGAAUUUAAAUCUGAAAGGCACAAUAAUUUUAACAGGAAUUUUACUCGCCAAAAUAAUUAGGCAUGUACAGUAUUGUGUUUUUACGGCUACUAGUGAAACUAGAUGUUGAAAUGAGGGUCUUGGACAUAUGAAUGUUCUGGGUAAACCAACAUACCUGUGUACCUUGAAAGCACAGCCAGGCUAGCUUUUCUCACCUUGUGAUGUGCCAUCAAGGCCAUACAGCUAAAACCAGAGUGUUAUCUCAGCAGUGUUAUUUGUUUACCGAAGGUAAAAGUUUUGUAUGGCUCUUUUUGUAUUAUUUUGUUUUCAGAAUCUCCAUUGUGUGUUUUAUUUUUUACUUUUUUCAUUUCUUUAAUUAAUCAGUUUUAGAAGUGGGGUUCUUGCCAAAAUUUUGAUGUCUUUACUUUGAAAAUGGAGGGUUUUUCUAUAGUUUGUCAUAAAUCUUUUCCAUUGCCUAGAGUAAGUGUUGUUUUUUUAUCCAAAGGAAUAAUUUGUUGCUCUAGUCCAUUGACUCUAAAGCCUGGUGAAGUAGAGGGUGUUGCUUCAGUUGACAUUGUGUUACAGUGUUCCCCCUUUUCUAAAGAGGUGUAACUCAAACUGUGUCUGUAAGAAGCACUGUUGAGCCAUGUGUUGAUGGAAAUCACAAACAAUGGACCUGAAGGUCUACUAGGUCAUUCUAACCACAUGUGCACUUGGACGAUUGUUGGUCUGGUCCCCUUUUUCUAAUUUCACAACCGCCCCAUGUGAACUUUCACUCUUGAGGAAGUAACAACAGAUUAGACUUUUGUUCCCCAGCAAAACACGUAGGUCGACAUUCACGUGUAGAUCUGACCACAGAAACCAAAGCACAGUUUUUCUGUCAAUCGUAUUUGCAGAAAGUUACAGAAGCAUCUCUCAUAAGGCGAAAACAAUUAAGGAAACAUGUUUAUCAUCUUUCAUCUUAGUUAUUUGAUCACGUAUCUUUUCUGUGUUCACAGAGGUGUGUAGUGCGUCUUUACCGAUUGUAAUGUACCUAACAAAGCCUUAGAUUACUGUUAAUGGGUCUCAGCCCAAUCAAAUGUACUUUCAAUCACCAUGCAGGUAAAGAACACCAAUGAUGUUUUAUAGUUCGGUCACAUGCCGCUUAUGAUUUUUUUUCUUUCUCUUUAUGUAAAAGUAACAAUUACUCUUAAAUUUCAUUGAACUUAUGUGUUAUGUACUACUUAAGGAUUUGAAUCUAUUUGAGGUAUGUAGUUGUAGAUUUUUUCUUUUUUGCCUUACUAUAUAUUACUUGACAACAUUGAUAUAGCUGUUGUAGAUUUUGAGGUAGUAUGACAUUCAUAACUUUUUCAAACCAUAUAGAAGAUAAUGUGUUGAGUCAGUUUUAAAUAUUCACUUCAUUCAUAUAGCUGGAUGUCUUUUCAGUUGAUGUUACAUUGUCAGAUAAUUUUGCUGAUGAAAGACGUUUUUGAUACAAGGAAUGAGAUCAAUUAAUUUGCUGCAUCUGCAGCAUCUCUGAGUAGACAAAAAAUAUAAUGCUCUAACCAACAUAAUUUUCCUUGUAACAUGUCGAGAUCAUGUUUGAAAAUAUAUUGUAUUGAAAAUAUAGAUUGUCCAUGUUUUAGAGUAAAAAUUAUUUUCUACUGUAUCCAUUUCAAAAAGAUAUGUACAAGAUUAUGUUUGUUUGAAUAUUUCUUAAGUUUGCCCUGAAUGUCAGGCCAAAAUGAGCAGUGAGAUUGACGGAUGUUUGGUGGAUGGUGAGAUUAGGAGAGAGAAAGAAAAGGCUUUUCCACAGCGGUAAAGUCAGUAAUGCUGCAGAUGAUGAGUUCUAACCUAAGGGACGAAGGUUGACUUUUUGCACUUCUGUAUAUAGUCAAAUGAACAGAGAAAAAAUGUGUAUCAUAUUGAGAUAUUAUUUUGAAUAAAAAAGAUCUAUAAUUAUAAGGAAUUUUGUUAGAUUAAUUUAAAUUCUUAAAUUAGAAGACCAGCUAAAAAAAAUUGCUUGCAAAGAAGGGCACUAGUUUCUUGGCCAAUGCAUUCAGAGAAAGCUAUGCGCUUUUUGUCUUAUUUUAUCAGUGGCUAGUAUUGCCAGGGAAUGUUGUUGGGAUUAGACAUCCCAACGUCAUGCGAACUCCACCCUUGUUGUAGGAUGACAUAUCAAAUGAUGUCCAUAUUUCAUUUGUUGGACUUGGUCAUGCAGUAUUGCUGCUCCCAUGGUACAGUUCAUACAUGAAACUCUCAAAAGUAUGUAUUCUUUAAUAGUUUGAUUUGACUGCAUGUAAAAGUACAAACAUGUAAACAAAAGAAACUGCUUAGAUAUGUAAGGAAAGAUAACACAUUCAGACUACAGAAUACACAGUAAUGUUUAUUUUCCAACUAUACAUACAGUAGAUAACAUCCACAGUGGGGAGAAAUAAUACUUCAAAUACAAGUCAUCUUACUCUUGUGUGAUAAAAUAUUUUCCAAGCAAACAUGUUAUUUAAAAAAUAAUAAAGUAUUAGCACUCAUCCACCCCAAAUACUUUCUCAUAGCCAUAAUGACAGUCGACACUGACUCACAAGAAGUUGUUUCUGCUAUCAUAGCUGUGCACUCAGCAGGCGAAGGCGCUCCACACCAAAUACGUAUUUGGCAAAUUAGUCAUAAAAAUGAAUGUAACAGUCGCCGGGCAAAGUCAGCAUGUUUCUGACUUCAGGCCUCUGUAUCGUCGCUAGAACCAAAGCAGCGUUUUCUCCAAACCAGAUGUUCAGUCUCUUGAUUGAAACCAAGGCUUCUCUUCCCUGCUGGGGGCACAUGUACGCUUUGACUGCUUUUUCCUUGUAAGUGCAACCACCAGUUAUGUAUUUGCUAACAAAUGCCACACAAUAAUGUACUAUUCUGUCUUCAGAUUUGUUUAUGCACAUUUUACUGUUGCCAUAAUUGACUCUUGCUGUAUGGAUGAAAAAAAAUCUGAAUAAAACAAUAUUUGAUUUGCUUAUGCGAUAA